ACACAACUUGAUUUCAGAUGCACACCAGCUAUUGCAGAGUUCGUCUCAGAGAGUACAUUUAUAACUCGCCAAGUUUGUUUUGACCUUUUGUUUAUAUUGGUUUUUAGGACCGUACAGGAGUUUCCCCACUUUAAGAAAGUGGAGUCGUCCAACGGAAAAGUUGUUUGUGUCUUUGUAAGAGGAUGCACUCAAAGUGGUCCGAGUACAGCCACAGGUGGCCCAGUGACAGAAGUUCAAGGCAGUGGGAUGACUACAACGACAGGAGGGAAGAGAGGCACGAUUCCCUCAGAGAUGCCCCUCGGGAUUCCUUUCAGAAAUACAGAGGAGAUGGACACAGUAGUACCGAGAAGACUGGCAGAGGUGGAGAAUACGAUUCUCCUAAAAGGCAGUACAGUACAGAUUCAUUGAAUAGAGACUGGAGCAGGAAAAGUCCAUUGAGGAGACGCAUGUCUUCACCUGUUAGGGAUGCAUCCGAGAGGAAAAGGCAAAGGUUUACAGGUGACGAUGACAACGAUUACAGAUACAGACAUGAGUCUCUGGAAAAACCAUACAGGCUGUCUCCAGACAAUUUUUCACAUGAACACAAAACCAAGGACUUAAAAUGUGCUCCACCACAGGAAGAUGAUUUCAAAUACAGGAAAACGUAUCCAGAUUCUAGAUACAGGCAUCACCGUGAAGAGUUUCCAUACAGAAAACAUGAUGAUUCAAGUGGCAGAAGCUUUAUUGAUUGUUAUAAAGACAGAGACAAUCAUCAAUGGAAGCAGGAUUCUUCCCAGGAGAGAACCCGAUCACCAUAUCGCUCUCCAGAGAUAUAUGAAAAGACCAGAGAGUGGCCGGACCGCUCCACCACAUCAGUGUAUCAUGAAGAUUAUCAUCAAAACAGAGGAAAGUUUCCAUUGAAUGGAUCCAGUGGACAAUCUUUUGAGAGUGACACCUCCCAGCAGAGUGCUGCUGCUCCUGAGAAGAAGUCAUCCAAGGGCUUCCAGCGUUUUCUUGAUGUGCUCAACAAAGGCGUGAACAUUGAUGUUCUCACUAACAUAGUAACUCAGACCUCUGCACAGCUUGAUGAUCGGGACGCUUCAGGUCAUCCGUGGUCUCCUGGUUGUACUGAGUGGCAACAAAAACCCCAUCAACAUAAGGGAUCCCGCAGACUGGCUUCUCCUCAGCCUCUUCACAGAUCCCAGAGUCCAAACAGGCACCAUGUUUCUGAUGAACAGUCUCUGCAAGGGACUGAUAACAGAGAAGGCUUAUUCAGUAGCAGAAAGUCUCCCUCACUUGAAAAGAUCACACUGACACCCGAGGAUGAACAAAAGCAGAGGCAGAUGCAGGACGUUCUGCAGGCCAUCGGUGUGAAUCUGGGAUUUGAGGAGCUCGGCCAGAUGUCUCAUAGAAUUCGUGAGCGUCUGUAUGGGAAGGAAGUUGAGCAUGACCAAAAAGUGAGUAGAGAGAGAAGCACAAGGCAAACUUUGUCUUUAAGACAUCAAAGUGCAUCAUCAUCAUCAUCAUCAAGUAGAUCUAGUAUUAGCCCACUUACUCAUGACUCUGACAUGAAAAAAGACCCCUGCAGUUCUCAGAGGGAUGCAACAGAGGUGCAUCAAACCCAGACACAGCAGUCUUCUGAAUAUGGGCAGAGGAUGGGUAGUAUCCCUCUUCUUCAGGACCAUGAGGAGUGUAAAACUAACCCCCAGAAAAAUACUGCUGCAAUAGAAGUAUUUUCUCCAAAUUCCACGUACGGCGUUCUGCAGCCUCCUCCUGCACAGGCGAUGCCGAUGUACUCUCCCAUGAACUGUUCACCGCUGCCGUACCCAGCUAUCUCUCCAGCUGUCUCACUGGCACCACCUCCUGUUCUGCCUAGCGUUAGGCCAGGCCUUUUCUUGCCUUGCUUGCCUCCCUUCCUCCCCCGUCCACCUGUACAGCCUCCAAACAUGUUUCCCCCGGUGCUCGCUCAAAUGAGACACUUACUCCCACCACCCAUCACUAACACACAGCCACAGCUUUAUAACCCACCACAUGUAAAUACAGUUCAAGGUCUGAACAAAACUCAAAAAUCAAAACCACAAGCAAGGCCCCGCUGCUUGCAGGUCAUUAAAUAAGUGUGUGUGGUGAUGUACUCUAUAUAUGGAGAAAUUUUACUUUGUGCUGCACAAACUUUUCUGACAUUUCCGAUUACUUUCUUUUGUUAAAGAUCAAAAUGAUUGAUGCUGGGCAGAAAUAUGAGAGGACAGAUUUCUAUCUGGAUAAAGAUGUGACUGUAAAACUGUCUAAACAGGUGUGAUGUCAGGGAGUCUUCUUAAACCACAAAUCAUAGAUUUGUGUCUCAUCUGAGAAUAUCAACACUGGACAUUUCCAAAGAACCUGACCAACAACAACAAAUACAUCUCCAGAUUCAAUUAAGGCUAAUUCAAAGUAAAAAAACAUAAAUAAGAAUAGGCAAGCAAUAUUUCUCAGUUUUAAGUUGGACCGCGUCUAUACCUGGGUAAGAAAAUCAAGUCUGUCCAUUACUGUUCAGUGGUCUUGGUUUAAAACAAAAAAUUCCAGUCUCAUAUGCAGCUUGUGCAAUGCUGAGGACAAAUUCAUUUUUCCCCUUUUUUUAAAAAAUAAAUAUUUCUGCCAAAUGUUAUAAUUUCUUAAAACACUAAUUGAUUUAGUGCAAUUAUUGUAAAUCAGAUGUGUGUUUUUUUUCUAUAGGAAUACCAUAGUCUGCAAAACAUCACUAAUAAUUAUCAGGUUGGCUUUUUUUUUCUAUUUUCUUCAUACAUGCAAAUAAAGGAAAACUGUAAGUAUCUAAACUGAAUAAUAUUAAACACCAUUAUUCAAAGAAAG